CGCCGACCGCCCCGCCCCCACCCGCGUGCAGGGCCCCCUCGCCGCCCCCGCCCCCGCCCCCGGGGGGCCCCGCCGGGUGGCUGCGGUGGCGUGCGGGUGGCGACACACGCUGGCGGUGACGGCGGGGGGCGAGGUGUUCAGCUGGGGGCGGGGCGUGAAUGGUCAGCUGGGGCAGGGCAGCGAGCAGGACCUCCACGAGCCCACGCUGCUGGCCGCUCUGAGCCGCGGAGUGCUGCGGCGGGCUGACAUCCUGUCCACCGCCGCCCCGCCCGCCGGCUGGGAGGAGGGCGAGGGGCGGGCGGGAUAUGUGGCGCCCGCGGACAGGUACGCAGUGGUGCCGGGGGCGGAUGAGCCGCUGCUGUACGGCAACGGGGGGUCGCUGGGGGCUGUUGUGGCGGCGGCAGCUGCCGUACCCAGCAUGCCCAUGGUACCGCCGCUGCUGCCGGAGGUGCAGCAGCAGCAGCAGGGUGCGGGU